GUGCCAAGAACCUGUACAUCAUCUCCGUCAAGGGGAUCAAGGGCCGCCUGAACAGGCUGCCGGCAGCCGGUGUGGGUGACAUGGUGAUGGCCACGGUCAAGAAGGGCAAACCAGAGCUGAGGAAAAAGGUCCACCCAGCGGUGGUCAUUCGGCAGCGGAAAUCGUACAGGAGAAAAGACGGCGUGUUCCUCUACUUCGAAGACAACGCAGGAGUGAUUGUAAAUAAUAAAGGAGAAAUGAAAGGCUCUGCGAUCACAGGCCCUGUGGCCAAGGAGUGCGCGGAUCUGUGGCCCAGGAUCGCCUCCAACGCAGGGAGCAUCGCGUGAACGCGCUCGUCUCCGUAAAAGUCAAAUAAAAGCCCUUGUACCA